AUGGCGAUUGUGAGGGCGCCAAGGAUGAGGAAGAGAGAGGAGAUACGUGCUAGGAGGAGAUCUUUGUGGGUUGUUGAGAAGGAGAGUUUGGUUAUGAGGAGAGAAGAGAGGGAGGGAAUGAGGAAGAGGAGGAGGAGAAUGUUGAUUAGAGCACGGAGGGAGAGGAUUAAGGAGGCAUGGGAGAAGCAGGAGAAGAACUGGGAUAGUAAGAAGUGGUCGACUAGUGGUGUAAAAAUCAGUGAGGCGACGAGUUAA